AUGGGGGAAUCACGCCUCUGCGUAGCUAUAGACUCAGCUUUCAGGGCUGUCCGGAAGACGGCGGAUGUUGUGGUGCACGAUGGGCCGUGCGGUGUAGUCGGAAAGUAUUAA